CUCAUUUAUUACAAAAAGAUUAUGCCUUGGUGCGGCGAGAGGCUCGUAUUUUAGAAGGGAUGGGACUCAUUAAAUUAGAAAAAAUUAUUAAGGAAACUCCUAAUCAGCAAGGCAGCAAAAUUAAAUUUAGCGAGGUUAAACCAAUUGCUCUUUAUAAAAGAAUCAUUUUUGAUUUUCCUAUUUUGGAAGAGACUCCGGUAGAAAAAGCCGCAAUUGAUAACCGACUAGCGGCUUAA